AUAAAUUUUGUGAGCAGCUCUUUAGUUAAUAAGUACGCUAAGAAAUCAUACAACUAGUGACAUCAUAUUUAAGAACAUUGAAAAAUUCGCAAGGUGGCGUAAAUCAACGGAUGAGAUCAAGUAAUAUAUUAAUUCGUGCUGGUUUUUGAACAGUCGAAAUGUUCUUCAAGAUUGUGGUAGCGCUUGAUCGUCGCCAAAGCUCAGAAACAUAUCGCCUGUAAAAACUUGACUGUUCUACAGCAGCCUCUAGGUGGAGGUAGCCCUACUAUCGAAAAUACUCAAUAUAUAGGGGUUUUUAGGUGUAAUAUUGGCCCAGCAUUUAGGGGCAUUCAGUCAAUGACAUAGGGUAUUUCAAGCAAGUCCACUAUCACAGACUAGUAAUCAGGAUCUACGUGUACUUAGGCCGAUACGUUUUUUGAGGCCACUACCUGCUUGUACAAAGGCCGCUUCGUAUACUAAGGUCACUUCAUGUACUAAGGCCGCUGCGAGUACUAAGUUCGCUACGUGUACUAAGUUCGCUACGUGUACUAAGUUCGCUCCGUGUACUAAGUUCGCUACGUGUACUAAGGCCACUACUCAAUCGAGUUUUUAUAGUACGGCCUCAGCUCUGAACUUUCAAGCCCUUGCUGCGGUAGCCCUGUAGGCGUCAAGUGCACAAUGGUUGAGGAAGAAGCUUGGGUUAGGCCGCUGUCCCCCGGUGAGGUGGUACACGAGAUCGGGCAAGCCAAGCACCAGCACCAACUCUGCUGCUACAGGCUCGGUCUCUGCAGCGCCGAGGCUCUGAUGGAGGACCAGAUUACCUCUGCUCUGUCGGCUCUCUUCAGAACUUGCCCACACCUGCGACUUUGUAUUGUUGAACGUGGUGGGGAGCUUUGGUUCCGGAACAUGGCGCAGGAGUCCGUAGACUUUAGCAUUUCUUCGAACACUAACGCAGCAGAAGAAAUAGAACGUCAGGUAACGACGUCGUUUGUGUCGAGCAAAGGCCCUGUUUGGCGCGCCGUGUGGCUUCCGUUCGUCGAGUAUGUGGAAGACACCGAAGCUGAGGCCGAAAAGAAUACCUCGCUACCUGUCGAAAAAACCGACAAAAAAACAAGAGCAAACUCAAAAAACUCUGAGUGUCAAGAAAAAGUUGCUGUAGACGGUGUCAGUCGUCAUUGGUUGCCGGAAGUCGCUGAGCAAUUCUCACAUACCUCAACGUUGUUACUUACUUUUCAUCACUCGAUCACCGAUGGAUUUACUUCGCUGAAAACGUGCGAACAACUGAUAUCUCUCCUGAAUGUCACAGCGUGUGCAGGCAAGGUUCCUAACUGCUCGCAACAGAUUGGAGAAUUCAGCGAUGGCGCAGAAACGAUUCGUCUUGUUCAGGAGAGGAAUGCGUUUUUAGAGAAACAACCAAAAUUAAGGGAAAUGAUUGAAAGGGACAUCGCGAGAAUUUCGCAGUUUCGAAGCAUUUUCACGGACACUUUCCCUAUUUCACCUGAGGAGCAGCGGAAUCGAACAUCAAGUAUUGUUCGCAGACUUUCCAAGGAUCAGACCCAGAAACUCAUGAAGUUCUUUCGGGAAGAGAACAUACGGUUUAAUUCCGGUUUCAUAGCAUUGGUGAACCUUACCCUUGUGGAAAUGUUGAAGAAGAAAGGCGUGAAGCAGCGGUUGUUUGAAAUAUGCAGCUUCAACGCCAUCAACAUGAGACGGUACUGGAAUGGCGAUUCGAGUCGCGCCCUUGGCUGUCAUUUUGGACCGAUCUCCCUUGUGAUGGACACAGCCUCGAGCAGCGUUCACCAGUUUCUGGAAUACGCUCAUGAUGUCCAGACUAACAUGCUGGAUUAUAUUGCCCAGCAUAGGGCGCUGGACGAAUGUUUAUUUCUGGAUGUGAAGAGAGGAACCAACCACUCUAACAUGGACGAAUUCUUUGCAUCGCCGCCUCUUCAUCCUCAGUUCUGGUAUUCGUUGACGAACAUGGGUGAAGUUUCAUCCCUCUUGCAAGGCUUGGGUGACAAGGUUCAGCUUGGCUGGAUAUCGAGACACAAUUCUUUCCAUCGGUACAACAGCACCUUUGUAUUUGCGGUCCAUACGUACAGAAAAAGACUGUAUUUCACAAUGGACUUUAACGCAAGGCUCCUUUCUAAAAACGUUGCAGAAGACGUCAUCGCGACGCUCACUAAUCUCAUGUUUGACAUCGUACGUCAGAUGAGUUGAUAUGCGUCAUCGUAAAAUUAGCUACCUACAUGUGCGAGUUCCCUAUUGACCAUUUGUUAAUAUAUCUUGACACGCAUGCUGUAUCAAGAAUUUCAGGGCGUGUCAACUGAAAAAGUGAAUGAAUGUGCAUUAAAUGAUUAAGUUUACAGCAAGCUUUCAAUUAUUAAAAGCCUUUACGUCAGGUCAUUUAGGACUAAUCAUUAUAAUGCACUGCACGGUGAUUCCAAUUUGCAUGUAAAUGUAAAUCGUGGAGCAUUCACAUGAUAAAAAACAAGCUAUAUAUAUGAGGUAGAAUGUUUUGCACAAGCACACGCAGUUUCCUAUCUCGCCAGUUGCCCGUCUGCCGGAUCCAUGUAAUUAUUGCAAGCUUCGUGACCGAAAUAUCAGAAAAUUAUUAAACUAUCAGAGCACUUAUUAUUAUUAGUGCUUUGUAUAAAUAUAAUAAUAAUUAUUAUUAAUAUUAUUAACUAUCAGAGCACUGGUGACGAAAAGGAAUUGUCGAUCAGGUGCAAAUAGACGCUAAUCACGUUAACAACGUAUUUAAAUUAUUACAAUGCAAGCAAUAACUGUGAUUGAUAAAUUAAGUUGAAGUCACUUCAUCCAUAUUCAUGCUGUGUAUAAUGUCGUAAGAGGUUGUUUAUAUACGUAAAAUGUUGGCCUUUGCAAUCAGUGCAUGCGAGUUGGUCAUAAGCUUAUUUAAUUUCAUGUUUGUCUU